CUGUUUAUUAAAUUGUAUUCCGUCCAGCAAGAUGACUUUCUCAGGAUGUCUUUGGUUGGUUUACCUGACCUGCACUUUGCUUGCGCUUGUCUCUCCGGCUCCGAUGCUGGACCAGUACUCUCAGGGUUUGGAUUGGUUGAGCAGGUAUGGAUACCUGCCCCCUCCGGAUCCCCACACAGGAAAGCUGCAGACUAAAGAAGGCAUUGAGAGAGCCAUUAAAGAAAUGCAGCGUUUCGCUGGCCUCAAAGACACAGGCAAACUCGACAUUGAUACGCUGAAACUGAUGAACACACCACGGUGUUCACUGCCAGACAUUAUAGGGUCUGAGGACAAGCUGAAAAAGCGGAGGAGGAAGAGAAGAUAUGCCACCACUGGGCUUCGCUGGAAAAAGUCUGAAGUCACAUGGAGCAUCCAUAAUUACCCAUCUCUCCCUCCAUUCCUCAAUCCCAGUGAAGUGAACAAUAUUAUGGCCUAUGCCCUUAAAGCCUGGAGUGAUGUGACCAACCUCGAGUUUCGUGCUACAUCCUCAAACAAGCAGGACAAAGCUGAUAUCAAGAUCUCUUUUGGUCGAAUGAACCAUGAAGAUGGGUAUCCAUUCGAUGGGAAGGGAGGGACACUUGCUCAUGCCUUCUUCCCAGGGGAGGCUGAUAUUUCUGGAGAUACACAUUUUGAUGAUGAUGAGAGCUGGACCUACAAAGGGGCCUCUGGUUAUCUGAAGAUGCCCUGGUUACCUGCUCUGGGAGGGAUACUGAAGCAAGAGAAGCACAUCAAAACCAUUCCCAAAUCUUCCCACACCUGCCUUGCCAAAACCACCGAGACCACCUCAGCCCAAACCACCAAACCUGAUCCAUCAGUCCUGGACCGUUGUAAAGGAGAUUUUGAUGCAGUGGCAGACAUCAGGGGAGAAGUUUUCUUUUUUAAAGGUCAAUAUUUCUGGCGAAUCCAGCAAUCCGGUUCUCUUGUGUCCUUUGAGCCAGUUCUCAUAAAAAACUUCUGGUUCGGUCUUCCUCCCGGCACUAACAAGAUAGAUGCAGUUUAUGAAAGACAAACGGAUAGCAGGAUCAUCUUCUUCAUAGGCUCACAGUACUGGGUAUUUAAAGACAACAUGGCAAUGUCUGGCUACCCACGUCCACUGUCAGACUGGGGGCUGAUCUCUCAUGACGGAAGUGAGGUGAGGAGGGUGGACGCUGCCUUUAUUUGGGCUCAUAAUGGAAAAACCUACAUCUUCAGUGGUGGAGAGUACUGGAGGUUCUCUGGGACUGAGAAGAGCCGUGCAGAUGCAGAUUACCCCAAAAACGCCAUCCUCUGGACGGGCGUGCCCAGUAACCCAGAUGAUAUCAUCACCGGGAGAGACGGAGAUUGCUAUUUCUUCAAGAACAACUCAUACUGGAUUCUGAAGAACGGAGAAUUAGACAAUGUCAGUCAGAAAUCAACAGCAGUCGAUUGGAUGAUGUGUCCUGAACCGACCAAACUUCCUGACAAUCCACGUCAAAGAGGAGAAUAUGACUGUGACCAGAACAGAGCCUUACAGAUGAGUGCUUCAUCCUGGUUACUGUUGAUCAUAUUACUGCUUUAUCCAGGUGUCCUUAUAUAG